UAAAAUCAAUGUCACGUGACAUGAAUGUUUACUUUUCCCCCUAAAUAGAACCGAGUGAAUCUUAGCUGAGGCUGAAGAGGCGGAAAUGAAGUUUUAUUUCUCUGUUUAACAUCACUCGAGUAUCAACAAUAGGAUGCAUAAACAACAGGCUGUAGCCGAAGAUCUAGUGAGGGUGUACGAUCACUGCCUGGAGCAGCAGAUAUUGGAGCGGGGCUCAAGCCUGCCAUGCACAGAUGAGAAGAUUUGGAGGCAAGUGGAGGAGAUGCUGAAGAACGGGGAUGCUAGGGAUACACACUGCCUGGGUUUGGAUCCACUGCGGGUGAUGGAGGACUCCUUAAAAGCAAGUGCUGCAAUAACCGCCCGAGGGAGGAGAGUGAAAGUACGAGUAGGGUUAAAGGAUCUGGCUAAAGUUUUUGAGUUCCUGGAGCAGGCGUCUUUGAAUUUGUACCUGGGUCCUUGGAGGAAAGAGUACAAAGUCAUCAAGAUGUACUCCGGUAGAUUCACACACUACGUGAGGCCGGUGCUGUCCAUGCCACAGAUUGAGACACUGUUUGGGUUAUUGGGAUACAAGUAUGGCCUGUCUGAACCUGAACAGCUUCUACUCCAACCGUCCAGAGUCGACCCCAGUUCUCUGAACCAGUUCCUCCACCUGUCGUGUGCCUUCUUUAUCGCCCGCUGUGAAUGUCGUCUUCUCUGGGCGGCUCUCAGAAAUCAUCCCAGUGGAGCUCAGUGGGAGCUCAGUGUAGUGAAUGAGAGACAACGAGGAAACACCUUGCAGGUCGCUCUGGAAAACACAGUGAAGAGGUUUGACGUGAAGCAGCCGCUUGUGGAACAAACUGACCUAGAAGAGGAUUUGUACAGAGACGAGGAUACUGAUGGAACGAAGGACGUGAGUGACAUGAAGACAUCGGCCUCCUCCGCCUGGCCAGUUCAAAAAUCUUUGAGCCCAACAUUGCAGCUAGAGACCCUCAGAGGUUCUGCAGCUACUAAGGGUCCAGGCAAAUGGUCCUUUGAGGAGUCUGAUAAGAUGGACUCACUUGAGAUGAACAUGCCAUUAGAUGAUAAGGGGGAACCUGAAACCGACCGUUCGUGCAGCUGUCUGAAUUCACCAGACCUCGUUCUGAUGAAGUGCUUUAAAUGCAACACUCUGCACAACUUUUCUUGUGACUACCUUCAAAUGUGUCAAAGACAACACCGUGUGGAUUAUGCAAUUGAACGGCCUAACGGGAGCAUUGAAGGGAGUGCGGCAGACUCGCCACCUGGAGACAAUCCAGACGCUCCACUGCUUAAACCAAUCAGCUUUCACCCUUGCUGUGACCUCACCAAAGGGGACCCUCAGGUUCUGUGUCGCAGCUGCAACGUCUUCCACUCUGCCUCCUGCGGGGAUGCAGACUUAUGCCAAGACCAGCACGACUUCUGCCCGCUUGGAGUGUGUUUCUGUGGGAAAGCGUGCAGCAGGAACCCCAUGGUUCUGUGCAGAUACUGUGGCAGGGAGUACUGCAAAGACUGCUGGUACAGGAGGCCGGUUGCAUGCAUAUGUGGCCAAACAUAUGACCAAUCAACAGCUGUGUAACUUGUAUUUGGACACGAAUGAGGCACAUUUACUGAAGUGCCUUGAAUCUGGACACAGUAGACAAAACUUUCGAGCUCCUUUGGGAAAAUGCAUCAAAUGUCGCCUUUCUCUGAAAUGCAGUAUUACAGCGUUCCUCCUUCACUCUGUCCUGGGAUACGUUUGAUUAGCCUCCUCAAAGUGUAUUAUGUUCAUUUUGAUAACAAUUUAUACUUCUAGUUUCCUCCAUUACAUUAACCUGAAACUGUCUGUUCUUUUGUGUUGUCUGCACAGUCUGCAGUAAAGGGUCACCACAGUCUUAAUGUAUGCAUCUGUGAGUCGAGCAGUGCUUAUAAAUCCUAAUAAAAAGAGUUACUGUCUUUGGAA